AUGGAAUCGCGAAAAGUACCGCUCGUUGGCGGAUGCCACUGCGGCGCCACCCGCUACGUGCUCUUCUUCACGCUGCCCGCACCGCACACCGAGUCCAAUCCGCCCAAGGAAGAGGAGCAGCGCAUCUCCCGCUGCAACUGCACCACCUGCCACAAGAUGGGCCUCUUCCACCUCAAGCCCGCCGAUCCGGCGGCCGACUUUUUGCUGCUGCACCCGCUCGACCCGUACGCCGACCUAGGCGACUACCUCACCGAGGACAGGGAGAUUCACUUCUUCUUCUGCAAGACGUGCGGCGUGCGCUGCCUCAACACCAACGCCGCGGGCGAGGUUGUCGACGUGGAUGCGGCGGCGCUGGAGCUGCCAGACAUCGCGGGCAGCGAUGCCCCGACGCCGACCAAGGCGUGGCGGGCGAUCAAGGGGAGCGGCGACCCAGAGUACGGCACCUAUGUCUCCGUCAAUGGGCACACCGUCGACGCGGGCCAGGCCGAGUUUGACAUGAGAGACCUUACCGAGAAGAAAUGUGUGCGGUACCUCGAUACGUAUAGUGAUAUUGGCAAGGGGCUGCCAUCUCGCUGGGAUAGGCCCCACGAUCACGGAUGCUAUUGA